UAGCCUUUGCCCUUUUCUAUUCAUUUGUGUAACUACUGACAAAUCUUCAAAUUUGUUUGGCAAUGGACGGGCAGACGGGGUGCUUGUAUUGUGCUGGGUUUUCCCUGGUUCUUAUCAAUCUCCCUCAACUGCUUUGACUCGGUAACUGCCUCUGUCGUUAUCCUGGCAUCCCAGCAUUGUAUAGGAUCUUGCCGGAGACUAAGUCUCUUCAGAGCCAUAUAGCCGCCAAAAAAGGAUAAAUUCUUUUUUGGCAUAAUGUAUUUUCCUUUGGAUUCCCGUUUGAGCCUCACUUUUUCCAAAUUAUGUACCGGAAGAAUACUCUUCUUACAUCAAGGCCUUACAAUGUCAGAGCUUGCUGAAACACCAGUCAAUACGUUAAUAAAAGUGUAGUCAAGGCAGCCUUGACUACACUUGGUUUUACUCUGGUGGGUCAAGCCGGAACGCUAUCGUUUCACCUUUUUUGUCCCUAUAUAAACCACGGCGGAGCGCCUUUAUUGGUGGGGGUCUUGUUCUCUGACAUCAAGCUUCCUCUUACCUGCUCCCAGCGAAAUCUGUAUACAUAUCCAUAUACAUUUACGUGGCCCUCCAAUAUACCCUCCAGUAAAAGGUAACCAAAAAAUGACAGCCCAAAAACGCAGGCGUUCAUCAAUCGAAAACCUAGAACGAGCCAUGAAAAAUAUAAAAUUAUCUCCACUGACAACAGGGGACCAUGAGAUCCCAGCGGCCUACAACUCUAGAGUUGAUGAUUCCUCUGUUGAGAUGCAAAAGGUGCAACGUCUUCCUAACCCAGGCGUCAGCCUUGAAACAGAAGCAGAAAUGACAACAACCAAUUGCAACCUUUCGGCCGCGGAGGAGUUGGAAAAUAAUAAAGGUGAAAUGGAGGUUUCCGAGCCGACAACACCGCAGUUCGUGAUCCCAGAAACUUGCAAAGCUGGAGUUGUUGUUAACCGAGGUGAAAACUACUCCAUCGAGAUCAAGGACGUGAAAGUUCCUGAGCCAGGAGCGGACGAAGUCUUAGUCAAGAUCAAAUUGUUCCGUGUCUGCUCCGGCGAUAUCCAUUGCCUGAAGGGGAGGGCUGCCUUGGUCCACAACGCUGACAAUGGCGUGGAGUCGGCAGGACACGAAGGUGUCGGUGUGGUGGUAAAGAUUGGGUCUCACUUGAAGGGUAUCAAACUUGGAGCCCGGGUGGGAAUCGGCCUCCUCUGGCGAUAUAACUACUGGGGUACAAAUGAUCGGAGUAAACGACGCGAAUCUAUUCUUCUAACUGGAAUAGAUGUGCCAGGCACAUUUCAGCAGUACAUAACUCUCCCCGGGAGCUCCAUAAUCUGGAUUCCAGAUGGGGUGUCCGACGAAACUGCCGCAUGCUUAAUGUGCUGCGGCGGUCCGAUAUACGAAGCCUUGCACAGGUCGGGCUACUCCAAAGGAGAUUGGGCUUUAAUCGCUACCGGCACUAUCGCCCAAAAGAUCCUGGCCGCCCAAAUCGCGAAUGCCAAGGGAUUAAGACCUAUUGUAUUCGCUGACCAUAGCCAGAAAGACUUGUGUCUCAAAAUGGGGGUCAAGUACUUCGUGGCUAAGGGAUCAGAACAGAACAACAAAAUCUUGGAGCUAAUUGGCGUUGACGACCAGUAUAAGUCGUAUUCCUUGCACGCACAUGGCUCAAAGAUGGACAAUCAUCUACGCGGUACCUAAGCGUGGCGGCCCCGUGACUGUCCCAGUUCAUCUUUUCGAUAACCCAUGGAGGCUCGGGGGUUUACCUCGCGACGCAACGUGAUGACGACGAACCCCCUCCGUACAUGUACAAUAUGAUUUUGGCGACCAUAUACUAUACAAACAAAGUCCUCAGGUUAGUAGCAAAGAAACUUGUGACCGCCGCGUACAAAAAGCGGCCUUUCGACGAACUACCAAAAGCCAUUCGCGAUGUGGAAUCUCAGCAGGUGCAGGAGUGUGUACUCUUGGAUUUUGAUAUGUGAUUCCAUUCACCCGCUUAACUAGAUUCACGCGAGUCACUUUCAGGCGCUCCUACUUCCCCAGAGUUGAUUUUUGGUUACCACGAAAGCCGCCAGGGGGUCCGUAUUUCAGUGGCAGUUCAGAUCAUUUUGAAGUCAGCUCUAUUAUCUUGACGAUAUAUGCCCUCGGGGAUUUCCAGGUUUCAACAGAUUCAAACAUUUUGUCAAAUUGCCUUUCUUUGAUGUAAGAUUCAAGAAUAAGUUGCACAAUAUAAUCUGCUUAAUAUCAACUUUGCAAAUCCAUAGGUUAGCUGCAAGCUAUGUUAAUCAAGUGGAAUUCCGUUAAUGAAGUGAUGUUCUUUAUCUCCUCCUUUGGUGUCUAGAACCAAUUUUCACCUUUUUCAUCGCUAUUAAAUGGAGCAGCGCAUGUUAAAUACCGAGUGAGUGCUCCUUAAACAUCUUAAAUCGAGCUAUGAAAUCGCUGCAUAUCGCCUUCAAGUCUACCUACAUAUACACGUUUAGGCAUGAACUCGUGAACACAUUAAUCAUUGGGGAAAAGCCGCAUCCACAAGAAGCAAAGGCAGGGACAUCAAAGAGAAUCUGAAUGAACAAUAUCCAGCAAAUAAAAUCCGAAACACCACCCCUCCUCCCAAAAAGCCCACAGUGAACCAACCAACAACCAACACCACACAACCAACUAGUUAACACUUAUCCACCGGCUCUGGCAACUUCAGCUCAUACUCACCGUCACCUUCCGCCACAUCGGGUCCGGGAUUCGGAUACUUGAGCUCGAAAUCCGUCUCGGGCGUCUGGCACCCGUUAUCUAGAUUCGCGAACAGGAAGCUCGGGCGUUCGUUAAAAGACACUGUUUCCGGUCCGGUUGCUGUGCUACUAUUGUUGGCGCUGCUGUUGGCGGUAGAAUUGCCAGAUGCACAACCGCCGCCACAUGUGCAUACACAUUCGCCUGCAUCCCGACGGCUGUGCUCGUUACUAUUCCCCCAGUCUGAACGCACCGUCGCAACAGCCGGCUGUUCCCCCGCCGCCCCGGUAAUCUCCACAGCUGCACAAAGCAUAUUAAAUUCCCGCUCCCGGUUAAUCCAUGUCCACGCGAACACCUGCACGCCAACAGGCGUAUCCCCGGGAACUCUAAAGUCAAACGUCUGCUUCGUCGGGUCCGUCCCGCCAUGCCGGUGCGGGCAAUUGCCUUCCAAACUCUUCACUACUUUCCACGUCGCGCCCUUGUCGGUGCUGAAUCCUACCUGGCAUGAGCCGCCGUAGUGGUUCCCUGAGCCUGUGAGACUGAAGUUUUGCACGGAUCCCGCUGGCCAGGAUGCAACGGGCUGGCCUUGUGGGGUGUCCAAGUGAUCGAGAUAGCCCUUGCAGGGGAAGGGAGUGCUGCGGCCGCAGCAGUUAUAGGGAUAGUCGAGGUAGGGGUCCGGUGGAGUGGUUACGUGCGGGUUGUUGGCAGCCCCGAAGGGUGGUGGGUUAUAUAGUUGCAUAUGAGCCCGCACAAGAGUGGCUAGGCCGAUGAUGCGGAAGGUGAUGAUCGAUGAGAGCAUCCUCCCGCUCGAUCUAUUGUUUGACUUGGCUGUCUAUGCCUUGAAGCUUGUUUUUGAGAGAAAAUGCAAGGCAGUGAGUGGUAACAAAAAAGGGCUUUGUAUGUAUCGCGUUAGAGAUGCGGUGUUAUGGCUUUACUUCAGAGAGCUGAGGCUGCAGAAGGCUAACGUAGAUGAGGUGUUUUGGAAAACGGAUAAAGUAUGAACAUACAAAGAGGAUCGAUCUCUGAAGAACCUUGGAAAAUGAAGACAGAAGUUUCAGUUUAAUAUUUCUUUUGUUUAUUCACCAGAAGGCCAAUAAACAAUAGAGUCUCGACAAAGUGAAUGAAACAGUUACCCCUGAAACUCCGGCCUGAAUGUCAAUAGAAGCAGCACCUUGAAACACGCGACAUAUAU